CAAAACAUUUCUGGGUUCUGUUAUUGUUCUUGUUCUUGAAUCUUUAAUACUUUUAAAACAUAGAAUUAUUGUUAUAUUUAUAUAGCGGAUGAUGGCGGUUGUGGUCGAAGAAGGCGUGGUGUUGAAUCAUGGAGGUGAAGAGCUUGUGGAUUUGCCACCUGGUUUCAGGUUUCAUCCAACAGACGAAGAGAUCAUAACAUAUUACCUUAAGGAGAAGGUUUUAAACAGCCGAUUCACGGCUGUGGCCAUGGGAGAAGCUGAUCUCAACAAGUGUGAGCCUUGGGAUUUGCCAAAGAGGGCAAAGAUGGGGGAGAAAGAGUUCUACUUCUUCUGUCAAAGGGACAGGAAGUAUCCGACCGGGAUGAGGACGAACCGUGCGACGGAGUCCGGAUAUUGGAAAGCGACCGGGAAGGAUAAGGAGAUCUUCAAAGGCAAAGGCAAAUAUUCGUAUCACAAUCUCCCCAAAUCUGCAAGGGACGAAUGGGUCGUGUGUAGGGUUUUUCACAAGAACAAUCCUUCUACUACAACCCAACCAAUGACGAGAAUACCCAUUGAAGAUCUCACGAGGAUGGAUUCUCUAGAGAACAUUGAUCAUCUCCUAGACUUCUCAUCUCUUCCUCCUCUCAUAGAUCCAAGUUUCAUGGGUCAAACCGAACAACCAAACUUCAAACCCAUCAACCCUCCAACUUACAAUAUCUCAUCACCAAUCCAACCCUAUCAUUUUAAUACUUACCAAUCAAUCUUUAACCACCAGGGUUUUGGUUCUGCUUCGGGUUCUACAUACAACAACAACGAGAUGAUCAAGAUGGAGCAAUCACUUGUUAGUGUAUCUCAAGAAACAUGCCUAAGCUCCGAUGUAAACGCGAACACGACUACAACCACGGAGGUAUCCUCGGGUCCGGUAAUGAAACAAGAGAUGGGGAUGAUGGGAAUGGUGAAUGGUAGCAAGUCGUAUGAAGAUCUAUGUGACUUGAGAGGGGUCUUAUGGGACUUCUAAUUAAUUAUUUGACUGUGGUUAAAGAGUAUAUUUGUUGGGAUUUAAAUCAUGUAGUUAAAAUACAUAUACAUAUAGGAU